UGCACUGCUGCUGCGCCGUAGCCCUAAUUCCUCUGCCCUUUGCUUCUUUGUGCUUGUGCCCACUCGGGCCGGUGCGCUUCUCGGGCUGCAGGUUCGCUGGCAUUGCAUUCUGAUUUCGCGUUUCCUGUGCUUUUGAUGUGAGUGCACCGUUUUAAAUUGUAAUCGACAGGCGCUAGCAGAUCAUCCUGUCGAGGAUUUCAAAGAGCUGCUUCGCGUGGUUUCAACUCUAUGACACUGAGGUGUUAGUGUUUUGUUAGGUGUUCGGAAGAAAAGGGCCAUUUCUAACUGGGCAGAAGAAUACCGAUGAAAGGCUGGGUAGAGUGUCACUGAUCGGCGUGCAUGAGAAGCUCAUGAAUGAGGCAAUGGUGCCACCCACUGAUCCAUUCCGGCUUCGAGGCCUUGCAAUUGCACUCGAUUCUUCUCAUGUUUCAGACACUCAGGAUGGGUUUUAUCCAUCGGGACUGUUUGCCGGGAUGAGGUCUGUGUUAGGGUCGCAAGAGGGGCGCGCUGCCAUGAAAAACGCCCCUUUAAGAAAUAUCGAUGUGAGAGAGAAAGCCAUUUCGGCUGCGGGAGCUGCAGUAAUUUCGGCCGUGAUUGUUAAUCCUUUAGACGUCGCCAAGACAAGACUCCAAGCGCAAGGAGCUGGAGUAUCUUAUCAGCAGACAGCAUGUGAAAUGGAGGGUUCAAAAUCGUUCAAGGUGAGUGUGGAUGGAAGGUGUCCCCCGGCAUGUCCUCGAACCACCGUCGCAGGAGUAUCUUAUAAUUGCCCUCCUCCGGGUCAACAGUACAAGGGCACUUUGGAUGUUAUGCGAAGAGUUGCUCGUGAGGAGGGCUUUAUUCGCUUGUGGAGAGGCCUCAACGCUUCCCUCGCAAUUGCUGUGCCAUCAGUGGGAAUCUAUCUACCAAGUUACGACUUACUUCAAGAUACUAUGUGUCGAUAUUCCGAUGAGAAUUCUCUGGGUUUGAAGCCGUAUGCACCAAUGCUAGCUGGUGCUUUAGCACGAUCUCUCGCAGUUCUUGUAUGUUCACCUCUUGAGCUUGCGAAAACCCGUAUGCAGGCUCAAGUGGAUCCAAGGACUGGAAAAUUGCCUGGGAUAGUCUCCGUCUUACGUAGUGUAAAUAACACAUAUGCAACGGAUGGAGGUCGAUUGCAAGGAAUUAGGGUUAUGUGGACAGGCGUGGGAGCACAGCUUGCUCGAGAUGUUCCAUUUUCUGCUAUUUGCUGGAGUGUUCUGGAGCCUGUACGAGGCUUUGCCCUUGAAACUGCAGGCCCUGACCCACACAUAGGAAGGGUAUUGGGAGCCAAUUUUGCUGCAGGCAUGCUUGCAGGUGGAAUCGCAGCAGCUGCCACUUGCCCUCUUGAUGUAGUGAAAACCUGGCGUCAAAUUGAGAAAGAUCCUGCUAAAGCUAUGUCAUCGACUCUUCGGCAAACCCUUUCUGAAGUCUGGCAUAAAGGAGGAAUGCGUGGCUUAUUCGCAGGAGUUGGGCCCCGCAUUGGCCGCGCUGCACCAUCAACAGGAAUAGUAGUCUCAUUUUAUGAGGUUGUCAAGUAUGUUCUUCACAGAACAUGAAAGCGGAAUCUAAACAUACUCUUCCUGCACAAGACCCUUCGUUCUCUAUGCAAGGGUUUCUGAAAAUUCACCUGGCCAGCGUCGAAGUUCAAGGUUUGGUCACUUUUAUUCAAUUCAAGAUAUCCACAACGGGUUUGGAAUUCUGGAAUUCUGGAUUUUUUAAAAUAUUUAUUACUUUUAAUCAUUGAUGCUCUAAUCGCAGCAUGGAAAUGAGCCACGUAAUCACUCUUCUAGUUGCUUGUAGGAAGAGAGAGAUUAGUUUCAAGGUUCUGGCUGUCAGCACCCAGUAAAUAGAGAGACCUUGAGCACCUUCGAUUCAACACUGAAAAAAUGUUGUCAGCUGAGACAUUUCUAGAUGUACUAUCAACACUUCCCCUGGGUGAGCACAUGGACCUCAAACAAGCUCUGGCCAAUCUAGGUCAACCAUUGGUAUCAUGCCUCUUUUUAGUUCUAGGAUAGACUAACCACCUCUACAGAUUUUGCAUUCAGAAAGGUUCGGGUGUUGCAAUGCGAUCAUGUAAUCCUUUUGCUACCCUUCGCCAUUGAAAAGCUCCACACUUCAAGGUUGAGAUGAUACAAAUGACAGAAUGUUGUCACGCACUCUCUGCUGGUUGGUUGUCUCACAAUCUCUUGGAUUGCACCUUUUGUAUUACAGCCGAGAUAAUUGAUUCAUAUGUGUCCACAUCAA